ACCGGAGAUGACGUUUGUUUUGCACUACUUCGCACUUGACCAAUGUUUUGGCUUCACCUUUUCUUCUUAGCAAUUGACAGGCGUUCAUGUGAAAGAAGAAGUUGACGCUCCAACCUACGGCUUCUCCUCUUCGUCAUGGAGGCUCGGGCGGGCUUCUGCCGCGAGGAAAUCAACAGCACCGUGUGGGAGGUUCCGGAGAAGUACACCCAUCUCAAGCAGAUCGGAACCGGGGCAUACGGUUCUGUUUGCUCCGCAACAAAUGAGAAGACUAAAGAGAGAGUGGCCAUCAAGAAACUCCACAGGCCCUUCCAGUCAGAGAUCUUUGCUAAAAGGGCCUACCGGGAACUGCGGUUGCUCAAACACAUGAAGCAUGAAAAUGUGAUAGGCCUUCUUGAUGUGUUUACACCUGUUUCAAGCCUUGAUGACUUUCAGGAUUUCUACCUGGUGAUGCCUUACAUGUUUACUGACCUGUCAAAGGUGCGAGGCCAUCUCUCUGAAGACAAAGUCCAGUUUCUCGUUUACCAAAUGCUCUGUGGACUCAGGUACAUUCACAAGGCUGGAAUCAUUCAUAGGGAUCUCAAACCUGGAAACUUGGCUGUGAACCAAGACUGUGAGCUGAAGAUUCUGGACUUCGGGCUAGCUCGCAGCACUGACGCCGAGAUGACGGGCUAUGUGGUAACCCGUUGGUAUCGGGCGCCCGAGGUCAUUCUCAACUGGAUGCACUACACACAGACUGUGGACAUCUGGUCUGUGGGCUGCAUCAUGGCCGAGAUGAUCAACGGAAAAACCCUUUUCAAAGGGAAAGACUACAUGGACCAGCUGACACAGAUCAUGAAAGUUACCGGAGUGCCUGAACCAGAAUUUAUACAGAAACUAGACAGCAAAGAGGCAAAAAAUUAUGUGAAGGCCCUUCCUCGCUAUCCCAGAAAAGACUUCUCAACAUUGUUUCCUCGAGCCAGUGCAAACGGCAUUGACCUUCUGGAGAAGAUGCUGGUCCUGGACUGUGAUGAGAGGCCCACAGCCGAACUGGCACUGGAGCACCCGUACUUUGACAGCCUCAGGGACCCAGAUGACCUCCCUGAGCCCGAACCAUACGAUGACAGCCGCGACAAUGUCAAGUUAACGCUCGAGGAGUGGAAGCGGUUAUGUUUCAGAGAGGUGAAGAGCUUUGUGCCAUUCCCUCGGCGAGACUCCAAGAGAAAAAACACGUUGACUAUGACUCCCUGACUUGAUAAAAUGUCACGACAUAAAAAUGCUCAUGUCCUAACUACUGCGCAGCCAACUGUGCCCUUGUAUAUUACAAUUAAGGAUUCCUGUUAUUGCUUUUACUCUCAUUGUUUUUACAUUUCAAAUUCUUUUUUUUAAACACUUUUGAGUCAAGUGUGGGUGUUUGUGCGAGAGACAUUUCAUGUUACUCAUACAGUUGUUAUCAAUGGUUUGCCUGACAAAUUCUAUUAGUCUUUCCAAAUAAUUGUACUUGUGUGCCAACUUAGCAAAGCUAAAUUCAUCUCCAUCACAAAUGUAGUGAGUACAUGAAAUAUUACUGUAAUUGUCAGAUUCAUUAUUUUUUAACAUUGAAUCUUAGUAUAUAAUAUAUUCUUUUAGGCCGUAUGUGAUUUUUGUUCUCUUUGCUGUCUGAUUGCACUUUAUGACUUCGUACUUUUAAGCCAAACAUGUGCCCUGGAUGUUGCUAUUUGUAUGUGAAAAGAACAGAUGCAUUUGCAUGUUUUUGUUCCAGAAAUCAAUACAGGCAAAGUAAAUAAAUAAAAUUGAAACUAAUUCACUAAA